AAUGACCUUCUCCGCUCACCUAGACGACCAUCCAGAUCUGGCGCUACGCACCUUUUACAGAAAAAGAUUAAAUUUAUCAAACUGUGCACACAAUCAGGUAGAAUGAAUUCACGCUAUAAACAAUGAAAGUUUACACACAAGAUCACAUGAUUUUUUUUCUGCAAAUAGUCCAAUUUGGUUUCGAGAAUCCUAGUCUAUAAAUUACUUCUAAAGAAAUUAUCUCUAAGCAUGUUAACAAGUUAUGUAAAUACAAAAAAGCCAACAAUAUUUAAUUGUCGAAUCAGUAGCAGUAGUAGUAAUAGUAAUGAAGAUAAAAGUAUUGAUAAUAACUGUAGUAACCAUUCAGCAACAAAUAUUAUGGCACAGUUUGUAUGUAGUCGGUCGAAAUCUAUUCAGCAUACUAGUAAUAACAAUACAGGUACUACUUCUACCAAUACCAAUACUACUGCUACUCAUAAUUCUAACCAUAAUAGUGUCGUCGAAGAUGGAAUGAACAAAUUUACUAACACUUUAAAUAAUCAUAUCCUGAUGUCAGAUCCAUUUAUCGACAAUAACACUUCUACUACACACGCUAUUAAUCACAUUAAUCAAGAAUUCGGCCUGAAAAACAUUUUAACGGAGCGGAAUAUAUUUGACAAAUUUUUAAGUUGUUUUCGCCCAUUUAUUUAUCUUAUUCAAAAAGAGAAGUCCUUUCCCUCAUCAGAUCAAGACCUACCAUGGGAAGUCCCAUUUGAAUCAGUGACCGAUUUAGUGUGGAUUGGGUCUGGUGCACAAGGUGUGGUUUUUCGUGGUUGUUUUCGUGAUGAAUUGAUCGCUGUGAAAAAAGUUAAUAAACAAUCUGACACAGAUAUUCGUCAUUUACGUUAUUUAAAUCAUCCGAACGUUAUUAAAUUCAAAGGAGUUUGUGUGGAACAACCGUGUUACUGUAUACUUAUGGAAUAUUGUCCAUAUGGUCAAUUAUAUGAAAUAAUACACUCAGGCAAUCCUAUAUCACCAUCUUUAAUUUGUUCAUGGGUUAAACAGAUCGCCGAUGGAAUGCAUUAUUUACAUUCAUGUAAAAUCAUUCACAGAGAUCUUAAAUCACCAAAUGUUUUAGUCGGUUAUAAUCACCUAUUAAAAAUAUCCGAUUUUGGUGCAUCUCGUGAAUGGACAGAGAAUUCUACUAAAAUGUCAUUUACUGGCACUGUAGCUUGGAUGGCACCUGAAGUAAUACGUAAUGAACCUUGUUCAUUUAAAGUUGAUGUAUGGUCUUAUGGUGUACUUUUAUGGGAGUUAUUAACCGGUGAAAUUCCAUAUCAUAAUGUUGAUUCAACUGCGAUUCUAUGGGGUGUUGGAAGUGAAAAUCUUCGUUUACCAGUUCCAGUGACAUGUCCUUCAGAAUUGCGUGUACUUAUGAAAACAUGUUGGAAUAUCAAGCCAAGAAAUCGUCCCAGUUUUCGUCAAAUUCUAGCACAUUUAAAUGUAACCUGUUCACGUUUACUACAGUACACUGAUGAUGAAUUCAUUUCAUUGCGUCAACUAUGGAAAGAAGAAAUCACUGUUUACCUUCAAGAUAUUCGACUUGAAGGUCAGUGUACACCAAAACUUGAAGUGAUGUUAAUUCGUCGUCGACGUGAAGAAUUAUGUCAUGCACAAGAUAUUCGACGUUGUUAUGAUGAUAAACGUGAAAGAGCUAAUGAGUUAUAUAUGGAAUUAAAAAUAUUAUUAGCUGAAUGCGAAGAAGAAAAACGUAAAGCUGAACGAGAACGUUUACACUAUGAGUCGCUUAUUCAAGAACUCAAUACCAAUCGAAAACAACAACAAAAUGAAUCAAAUCAAGAAUAUUCAACUGAAGAAACAAGAAUCGGUGACAGUGAAAAACUUCAAUUCUUUAAUACAGAAAAUACAAAUGAUUGUAUAACUACUACUAAUCAAAAUAAACAACAAUUCCCUUUUUCAACAUUGUCCACAUUUUCAUUAGGACGUAAAUUAAAUGAUUUCUAUUAUCGUCGACGUAAUGAUUUCAAAUUGACUAAACCUAUUUUACAAUCAUCAUUCAUAUUACCAUCAUCAAUUGGUAGUAAUCAUAAUACAAAUUCACUUAUUCAUACUACUGAUAUCAUUCAUAAAAGUAAUAUAGAUAGAUUGGAAUUAUUAAAAAAUCAUUAUUAUUUUACAAAGCUAAGUAGUUUAGAACAAUUUAAUGAGAUUUAUCAUUUAGGUUAUCUUAUAUAUAAUAGUCUAUUUAAUACUACUACUACUAAUAAUAAUAAUAUAAGUAGUAGUUGUAGUUCACGAAGUAAUAAAAAACAAAAAUGUCCAUUUUGUGGUAAUCUUUAUUCAUCAUCCAUAAAUGGUAAUAUAGAAUUUUUAAAAUCCUACCAUCAUCAACAACAUUUACGUCGAGCAUUAACAUUGUCAAUGUUGGAAUAUAAAUUAAAAGAUCAACAAUUAACCGAUUCAUCUAUUAUUUAUAAUGGAUUAUACAAUACUACUAAUGAUAAUAAUAACAGUAGUAAUAUACAACCAAGUUCACUUCUGUAUAACACUAAAAAACAAUUUACCAGUACAAAUAGUUUGCAUCAACUUGUAAAUAUCCCUCCUCCUCCUCCACCGCCAGCAUAUGACUCUGUAAUAACAACUGACAAUGAAGUAGUACGAGGAGGUCAUCAACAAAAUGUACCAGAACAAAAUAUGCUAAGAUCGGAUUUCACUCAUACAAGUGAUAUUCACAACAACAACAACAACAACAAUAACAAUAAUAAUAAAGAUAGUCAAACAUUCUGUAAUCAUCAUGAUCAUUGGACUGAUGUCACUUCUUCAUCUUCAUCAGUGAAAUCUGUACAUCAUCAGUUAGGAGACACUAGGACAACUACCUGUAGUAGUACAACUGAUGUCACCACCACAUACACUACUACUGCUACUUCCAAUAUGAAGGGCAACAAUAAUUCAACCAAUAAUCUCAACAAGAUUCAAUCCGAUGUAAUGUUAAGUUCAACUAUAAACAAUAAAAAAACGAUGAUAAAAGAUAAUGAAAUGUUGUUUAAAACCGGUUUACCAAAAAUAACAGUUAAGAUUGACAAUGAAAAAUCUAAAGAAGACAAGACAAUUGGAAUACCUGUUAACAUUAGAAGUUGGCUUGAUCCUAUCAAAAAUUCAUCAUUAAAUGAUAAUCCCUUGACAUCUAAAUAUGAUCAGACUAAUUAUCGAUUGAAACGUUCCAUUAGUCAAGAUUCUUUAUUUUGUUAUUUGAGAAAAUUACAAUCAAUCAAAGAUAUGAAUGAAAAAUGUAUCAAUACCGAUACUACUAUUAAUACUACUACUAAGGAUAAUGAUAAUAAUACUGUUACAUCAUCAAAAAAUCAAUUUCCUCUUAUCAACAAAAAAUUCUCUUCAUGUCUAUCAAUAUUGUCAACAAUCAAUAAUUGUAAAUUAUUACAACAUCCUUGUUUACCAAUGGUUAAAGAAUUCCCUCAUCAUAUUAAUAAUCAAUAUAGUUUAACUCCAUUGAAAGUAAUGAAUGAACGAGAUUAUCUUAAAGCAAAUAUAAUUCAUCAGUCGUUUAUUCAUCAUUCUCAAUCUCAACAAAUAUCUUCAAUGGAUAAUAAUUGUUUAAAUGAAAGUCAAAUAGACUUCACUCCUGACAAAACGAUACAAAAUCAAAAUUUAAAAAUACUAAAAGAGAAUAAGAUAGAAGAUGGAGAUUGUAAAAUAAUCACCACUGUUGAUUUUCCUUUCCUUGAACAUGUAAGCCCAUUAUGGUCACCAAGUAAAGAUUUAUUUCGGCAUAAACACCAAAUGAUUAAAUCAAUGAAUACUACUACUACUUAUAAUAAUAAUAAUAACAAUAAUAAUAAUAGUAAUAAUAAUAAAGGUGACUAUGGACUGUUAUUAUUACCGACGUCAAUUUCACCUAAAUAUUCUGCAUCGAUUCCUACGGUACCACGUCGUUCGAACAGUAAUAAAAUCAAUGUUAAUAAUAAUAAUUCUGUCCUGAAUCAAACUACUCAUAUGUUAUCCGUUGUCACAACAACAUCACCAUCAUCAUAUUUACCUAUGCAUAAUAACAACAACAACAGUAAAGAAAAUCUAGAAAAUGAAAAUAUUCAAUUAAGAAAAUAUCCUGGUAGACGGAAUUUUAUCAUAAAUGAAUCAUAUUUAAAAAAUUCCAGUAUAACAAUGCCAGAUCAAAUUUCUCGACCAUUUCGUUCUCGUUACUAUCAUCAUCGUCAUCGUUCAAGACUUUAUUCUUUCUCUCAACCUAGAAGAAAUAGUAGUAGUUUGUUAGAUUUGAAUUCAAAUUAUCGAUCGACAUCUUAUUCUGCUUCAUCAUCACCACUCUCAUCGUCUAUUGGAACUCGUACACAUAUGGUGAGUUUUGUACUGAGUGUCUUUUCUUUUUUAUUGUUUUCACAUUUUCUUCUAUCUGGGCCAUCGACAUGAGCCAAACCUGACUCCAAUGUAUGCGACAGUGUCCUUCGGAUAAACUCUGACAAAAUGUAAAUUCUUUUGAUUUCCGUGAUCAACUAUUCAAGGAUGUUUAGGAUGCGAUUCUGUCCUCCUAAAUGUAAAAUGUGACUUUCGAAUUGGUCUAUGUCAACCCUUGAAUUAAUGAUAAGGAGUGACGGGGUUUAACAUUUCACUUAUUUUAAAAAUCUCAUCCCUGAUGGAUUGAAGUCACUGACUGUGUGAUCUGAGCCAUUGAGGUAGGUGCAGAUUACAUGAUUGGAGUUCACGCGAUUAUCCUAACAAAUUGUUAGUGACUUUGGGUAAUAUAGCUCAAAAUCAUUCGUAAUGGCACACAUGCAUUCAUUUCUUGUCUUUUCGGUCAUCCUGAGUCUUUAAAUCUCAUAUUUUCUUCUUUCUGUACCUAGUCUUUUCUACUACCAGUAGUUUGCUAUUUACCUUGAUAAUUUUAUCUAGGUGUGCUAUUGUGGUUUGGCAACUUGGGCCGAUGCAGGUAUGUACUAGGUUGUACGUCGCAUAUAAUUGAUCGACUGAACAGCACUAGAUCAGCACAAAAAGGACUUCAUCUUUUGUGAAUCAUUUUGUUUGAAAUCGGUCAUAGGAUUGAUAUAAAACCAACCUUUGUCCACCCAUUGUCCAUGUCUAUCUGUCUGUUUGUCUACCAUUUUGUCGUUUGUUUCUUUAUCUAUCUGUCAUAUAGUUCAAAUUAAUUUCAUCAUCUUGAUUAUCAUUAUCUCUAUGUCCUUUAAUAGAGUAUCGAGAAUUUAGCAAAUGAACUACAAUCACAUAUGAUUGAUAGUUUAAGUGAUAAAGAAUAUCAUGUUCGACGUGUAUGCAGUCGGUUAAGAAAACAACAACAACAACAGUAUCAAAAACAACCUAUUCCUAUUCAAUUUACAACAUAUGAUAUUUCUGCUCCAAAUCCAGCCUCUUUAACAUCUUCUCCAUUACCACUACCUAUUACUAUUACUUCUUUACAUGGAAGUUGUAGUAAAUUAAUCAUUUCUAAUGAUGACAAUAAUAAUAUAACAAAUGAAGAAAAUCCAUCAGUUGAACGAGUUCGUUCAUUAGUUCAUCAUUUACCUGAUCAAUCAUUUACAAUUGAAAAAAAUAAUUUAAAUUCACAAUUAUGUACACCAAAUUCAAAAGUAUUUAUGACAUCCACAUGUACUACAAUAUCCAGUAUAACAGAGGCCGAAGUUGAUUUAAGCGAUGACGAUGGUGAUAACGGCGAUGAUCAUGAUGGACUAGAUAAAGAACUUAGUGAAAAUUACAAUGAUCGCAGUGUUUUACCUUUGGAUAAAGAAAAAAAAGAAACAUUGUCUGACAAUGUUUCAAAAUGAUCACUUUGCACAAUAUAAAUACCAAUCAUUAAUCCCGAUGGCAAGCACAACAAUUCUAGCCCAGUUUUCACACACACACACACAUUGUGUGUACUGUUCUUCAACUUCUAACAGUUUUUUUAUAGAUUACUUUUUUUGCCUUUUACUUGUAUUUCUAUUGUUUUCUCCUUUUUUUCAACAAGAUAAAUUCACUGUAAAUAUUUAUAUACUACUACUAUUACUACUUAAUCAUAGUAAUCAUUAUUAUCAAUUAUUCUCUGAUAGAUACAUUCAUAUUUGCCUUUUUCCUUUUAUACCUUGAAAGAACCUUUUUCUGCAUGGAUGGAUAUUUUCCAUUUGUGUAGAGAAAUCCACUAGUGUAUUGAUUAUUAUUAUUACUAAGAACUACGUUUUAUUUUGUGUAUUAGGCGUCUCUAUCGUUUCCCUUCCCCCCUAUCCAUUUUUUUAAAAUUUUCUGACAUAAUUUCAUUUGUCCUUAUUAAUAUUAUUAUUUAUUUAUUUUUUAAUUCCCUUGAUAUUAAUAUGGUCCCCCUACCCACAAAAAUAGGACAAAUUCUGUAUAGGAAUAAUAAUAGUAAUAAUAAUGGUACUUACUCCGUUUUGUCCCCCUCCCUCUACCCUUAAUUCUCCCCCAUUUAUAUUUAUACACUCAUAAAUGGCGCACAGAAAUUUUAAUAAUUAAUCAUUUUCCUCUCACUUUUUUUCACUCACUACAGCAACUGAUUUAUUUUUCCUUUUUUUUCUUUUUUUUUAAAGAAAAGAGUCAUUUAUUUUCUCAGUUUAAUCAAAAAUUAAUUGACUUUAUCUCUUUUCCUGUCAUCUAUUCAAUUGAUAAAUAAAAUAUUAAAUCUAAUUUAAA